CUGCAGCAUUUGAACGUAUGGGCCUUUUUUGAUCAUUUCCAAUGGAACUAAGUUGAACCAAAUCGUUCCUUUCUGGUUUUGCAGCAGCAUUUGAAAGCACAGGUUGGAGAUACAAAGCAAUGGUCCAUUAGUGAAUUAUGAUUUUGUAAUACUUACAGAAGUAAAAGCAUUUAAGUCCUCCCUUUGAUGCUGGGUGUCCUUUCACUGAUGCUCGUGGUUGGGGAUGGGUUACUCAUUGAACUUGUGUAGCAGAUGGAUAACAAGGCAGAGACAAGCCAGAUGGAAUCACUAGAUGAAAGAUCGGUGCUUGAGUUCGAGGAUGCAACCCUUGUUAGCCCAGCUUCACUUGAAAAAAGGGCCCAUUCUCUGGGUGCAACUCAGCAUGCAUCAUUUUCAGGAGGUCCGCAAGUUUAUAGUGUUGGGUCUAUAGGGGAUAGAGUGUUCAGAAGCCUAAAGAUUGUAGUAUUCAAGCCCAAAAUCAAUUUACUUAUGCCUUUUGGCCCUCUGGCAGUUAUUGUUCAUAGUUUGACUGGUCAUCAUGGUUGGGUUUUCUUUCUAAGCUUACUGGGUAUUAUGCCUUUGGCUGAACGUUUGGGUUAUGCUACGGAGCAGCUAGCAUUCUUCACUGGAGCUACCAUUGGGGGUCUUUUAAAUGCAACAUUUGGAAAUGCAACCGAAUUGAUAAUAUCGAUUUAUGCACUGAAAAAUGGAAUGAUGCGUGUGGUUCAACAGUCAUUACUAGGUUCAAUUUUGUCAAACAUGUUGCUGGUGCUUGGUUGUGCAUUCUUCAGUGGUGGAAUCGUUUUCUAUAAGAAGGAACAGGUGUUUAACAAGGCAGCUGCUGUCGUGAACUCGGGGUUGCUGUUGAUGGCAGUUAUGGGCCUAAUGUUUCCAGCUGUCCUCCACUACACACACACUGAGAUACAGUUUGGAAAGUCAGAGUUAGCCCUUUCAAGGUUUAGCAGCUGUGUUAUGCUUGUGGCAUAUGCUGCCUAUCUUGUUUUUCAGUUGAAGAGUCACACGAAUCUGUACAUGCCAGUUGAUGAGGGAGAAAGUCCAACUGAGGGAAGCUCUGAUGAUGAAGUCCCUGAGAUCUCAAAGUGGGAGUCAAUAAUAUGGCUUUCAAUUUUGACUGUUUGGAUUUCAGUCCUCUCAGAGUAUCUUGUUGAUACUAUAGAGGGUGCAUCUGUUGCGUGGAAAAUUCCAGUUGCAUUUAUUUGUGUCAUCGUACUCCCUAUCGUAGGGAAUGCUGCAGAGCAUGCAAGUGCAAUUAUGUUUGCUAUGAAAGACAAGCUUGACAUUUCCUUGGGAGUGGCAAUAGGGUCGUCAACACAGAUAUCCAUGUUUGGGAUUCCCUUUUGUGUGGUUAUAGGAUGGAUCAUGGGGUGUCCUAUGGAUUUGAACUUUCAACUUUUUGAGACAGCCACACUUUUCAUAACAGUCUUAGUUGUAGCCUUCUUGCUGCAGGAGGGAACUUCUAACUACUUUAAAGGACUAAUGCUCAUUCUUUGCUAUCUAAUAGUUGCAGCUAGUUUCUUUGUACAUGUAGAUCCUAGUUCAGUUGUGGAUAAGCCUCCCAAUUUUAGUGAAAGGUAGAGCCAUGGAAGGAUUCACAAGGUGCUUCUCAAAGUUUCUGGUUCAUUUCCAUUGUAUAUUUAUUCAGCCAUUGAUUUUCACCAGUUUCUUGUUGGUCAAUCAUAUUUCUUUUUCACAAGCAACUGUUCAGUUCUUAUCCAUAUGCUUAUUGAUAAUGAGUGUUCAAAUUCAAUGUAAUCUUUGAAUCAA